CCUGUCUUUCCCUCUCAGGAAGAAAUAGCUUUUUAUGGGGGAUAGAGCAGGGGACACAAGGGAGACCUUCCUUAAUGCUCUUGGGAUAUCUCAAUGUAAAGGGAACCUUUUUCCAGCAGAUUUUCCAGUCCCACCAGAACACUGAUGAUGACUCAUUCUCCUUAGAUACCAGGGAUCAUCACAGAUCUCCAUAGAGCAUUGUUGAACAGACCCUGGGCCAUGUGCCCAGUUGAACAAACUACAUUUGCAGCCUAUCUUGUUGACAGAGGUGACCAAUGAGGCAAAAGGACUCUUGUGGAAGAUGGAACUCAUUGUCCAUUUUCCAGAAUGUAUUUCCAAGCCCAUUAAUGGACCCUGAUACUGCUGUUCUCUGUUGAAAUGCUUGAAGAGCACCUGCAUCUCUGCUAGCAUCUUCCAUCCUACUGAAACCAUGGUCUUCUCAGCAGUGUUGACUGCGUUCCAUACCGGGACAUCUAACACAACAUUUGUAAUCUAUGAAAACACCUACAUGAAUAUUACACUUCCUCCACCAUUCCAGCAUCCUGACAUCAGUCCGCUGCUUAGAUACAGUUUUGAAACUGUGGCUCCCACUGGUUUGAGUUCCUUGACAGUGAAUAGUACAGCUGUGCCCACAACACCAGCAGAAUUUAAGAGCCUAAACUUGCCUCUUCAGAUCACCCUUUCUGCUAUAAUGAUUUUCAUUCUGUUUGUGUCUUUUCUUGGGAACUUUGUUGUUUGCCUCAUGGUUUACCAAAAAGCUGCCAUGAGAUCUGCAAUUAACAUCCUCCUUGCCAGCCUGGCUUUUGCAGACAUGCUGCUUGCAGUGCUUAACAUGCCUUUUGCCCUGGUAACUAUUCUUACUACCCGAUGGAUUUUUGGGAAAUUCUUCUGUAGGGUAUCUGCUAUGUUUUUCUGGUUAUUUGUGAUAGAAGGAGUAGCCAUCCUGCUCAUUAUUAGCAUAGAUAGAUUCCUUAUUAUAGUCCAGAGGCAGGAUAAGCUAAACCCUUAUAGAGCUAAGGUUCUGAUUGCAGUUUCUUGGGCAACUUCCUUUUGUGUAGCUUUUCCUUUAGCUGUAGGAAACCCUGACCUGCAGAUACCUUCCCGAGCUCCCCAGUGUGUGUUUGGAUACACAACCAAUCCAGGCUACCAGGCUUAUGUGAUUUUGAUUUCUCUCAUUUCUUUCUUCAUACCCUUCCUGGUAAUACUGUAUUCAUUUAUGGGCAUACUCAACACCCUUCGGCACAAUGCCUUGAGAAUCCAUAGCUACCCUGAAGGUAUAUGCCUCAGCCAGGCCAGCAAACUGGGUCUUAUGAGUCUACAGAGACCUUUCCAGAUGAGCAUUGACAUGGGCUUUAAAACACGUGCCUUCACCACUAUUUUAAUUCUCUUUGCCGUCUUCAUUGUCUGCUGGGCCCCGUUCACCACUUACAGCCUUGUGGCAACAUUCAGUGAGCACUUUUACUAUCAGCACAACUUUUUUGAGAUUAGCACCUGGCUACUGUGGCUCUGCUACCUCAAGUCUGCAUUGAAUCCACUGAUCUACUACUGGAGGAUUAAGAAAUUCCAUGAUGCUUGCCUGGACAUGAUGCCUAAGUCCUUCAAGUUUUUGCCUCAGCUCCCUGGUCACACAAGGCGACGGAUACGUCCCAGUGCUGUCUACGUGUGUGGGGAACAUCGGACAGUGGUGUGAAUAUUGUAACUGACUCACAUUUUGGAUGAUGGUUGUUCAUUAUUGACAUUGAAUUUUCUUUCUCAUAGCUUCUCCACUUAUACUUUAUUUUUUUAUAGGGUUUGUAUAUAUAUGUGUGUGAGCAGUAUAAAGAAAGAAUGGUAUUAUUGUUGUUACCAAGAAUAAACAAUAGGAAAGUGACUACAAAUAUUACCUCCAGGGUUCAAUAGAAAUCUUCAAUUUAGGGUGAGGAGUUGGUUCUUUGGUUUUGGAGUUUUUCCUUGAUUGAUUUUGUUUUCAUAUUAAGAAUCAGGAUUGUACUUUAUUGAGCCUGCAGUUACAUUGAAUUGUAGGCAUUUUGUAUGCUGCUAAGGUAUGCUUAGUUGACUUUAUCAAUACUUUUUUAUUCUGGAAGACACUGCUGCAUUUUGCCAUCACAUUGGAGCCAAACAUCUCAAUCAAUAUAUAUAUUUAGUUUUAUUUUAAAAACUAACCCAAGAAGGUUAGUGACAUUUGAAAGAUCAUUACUAUUUGCUUUGGUGCACUUUAAGAGACAAUGUACAAAUUAAUUCAGUCUUAUUUUUCAGAAUUGUUUCUAUAUAUGUCCUUUAGGAAAUGUGCAUUGACAUUUAUGGGAAGAUAGUUUAAUAAAUGUUUUAUCUGCAUGUACAUUUGUAAGAGAAAGAAUGUAAAAUGUAGAAAGUUUUCUAAGCACAAUAGCAACUCUUCAGAGCAACGGAGAAAUUGAGGAGACAACAUCCUUGCAAAUUUAAAAGGGGAAUGUAGUGAGGGGGAUGGUGGGUGCUGGUGCAGGCUAUGGUGAUUCCUUUUACUCAAGGUUUUUUGUGGAGGAUAUGAAGGGGUUGACAUUUAUGAACACCUACUAUGUGUCAGGAACUGUGCAUCAUUUUAUCCUCACAGGUUGUGAGGUAGGUAUUAUUAUUUUUUUACAUAUGAAGAAAGCAGGUCUCAGAGGAAUUAAAAUCCUGCCCAAGGUUAGUGGUAGAGCUGGGAUCCAAAAAUCUGUCAGAAUCCUAAGGCUGCACUGUUCCACUGUGCCACGCAGACACUUUAUUCAGUUUAGAUGUCUCAUAGUAGAGGGAAUUCUAUGCAUCCUUUAAUUUUUAGGCUAAAAUAUUCUUUUUAAAAAUCAGCCUUUAUUUUCUUAUUACCAGAAGACAUAUGGAAGCAUACAGAAACACUGGAAAAUAGAAAAAAAAAAUAAAAUCACUUACAACCACUUUUUUUGUUGUUUUUUGGAGACAGAGUCUCACUCUGCCACCAAGGCUGGAAUGCAGUGAUGUGGUCAUGGCUCACUGCAGCCUCAACCUUCCAGGCUCAGGCGAUCCUUCCGUCUUAGCCUCCUGAAUAGCUGUGACCACUCACACAGGUGUGUGCCACCACACCCAGCUGCUUUUUGCUUUUUCUUUUGUAGAGACAAGGUUUUGCCAUAUUGCCCAGGCUGGUCUCAGACUCCUAAGCUCAAAUGAUCUGCCUGCCUUGGCCACCAAAAGUGUUGGUAUUAAAGGCGUGAGCCACCAUACCGGGCCUACAACCACUUUUUAACUUUUUUUUUUUAUUUGCAAAACAAGUGACUGGCAAUUAUUGAAAAAUUAAAGAUAGCUAUGUGUAGGUCUUGCCUCUGAGGGUUUAGAGGUUUCCAGUUACCCACCUGUGUUAGUUUUAAGUGUUCUGGGCAGAAUAGCAUUGUUGCCCCAAUGCUUGCCCUAGCAGAGCUGGAGUUUGUGAACAUGCUCAGAUGUUUGUUUCCUGCAAAGAAGGGAAAAGGAAUCCUGGUCUGAGCCUAGAACAAGUUUUAAUAGGGCAUGUCUGGCAUUUCAAAUUAUUUUUCUCUUGCUGACAGUCUGCCCCCAGGGUGCAUCUAGGGCCUUGGUCAGCUUCUCUGUUACCAGUGGCUCACUUUAUAAAACAGCCUACAGGGAUAAGGGCUGAAAGUAUAGCCACUUGGGUACAUCAUUAACUAAUUAGGUAAGUUAACUGUGGAUUUAUAGUAUCUUUUGAGGAUGUUAGUGCUUUGUGAGCCAGUGGGAAAAAUAAGCUGCUAUUUCUUCAUUUGUAAAACCAGAGAAUUGGAUGAGAUGAAUCGCUAAUGUCCUGUCAAAUGUGCUUUCCUCCAUACUAGGGUAUAGAUACUUGAAGAGCCUAGAUGACUUCAGCAUCACCCUUUGGUCUCCUUCUUUACAUUUUACUUCAUUAGCUAUUUCUAAUAUUAAAUGUUGUGGCACUGUAUCAGGAUUUAGGGCAUUGAAAGAUUGAUGACAUCACAAAAGACCUGGGAAACCCUGCUCUUAAGGAAAUUGUACCGGUUUUGGAACUCAUUGUCCCGCUAAACAGCUCCUUGGGGACUCAAGCAUAUUAUUCAACAUGUUGUUUUGGGAUCAUCUUCAAAUGAUAGUCACCUACCUCUUUAAUUUCUAAUUUUUAUUCACAGGCAAAGUUGUUUUUGUCCAUAGGGAAUUUAUAGGAUGUAAGUACCAUAGUAGAUACUAGUAGCAUGUUGAAGUGUAUUAUGCUUUCCAUUUUCAAUAUAAACUCGAUUUCAAGCAGAUAUUGAUAAGGACAUUUUUGAUUAGACUUUCUCUGAGGAAAGUCAGCAUGAUCUGUAUUCAUCUUACAUAUUGGUAGGUCAUGAAGACUCCUUUGUGGCUGGAGUUGAAACUUUGUUUUCUUUGAGCUUUGUUUUCUUUGUUCCUGUUUUAUGGGCAGUCUCUAGGUGCUUUCAUGCUGCUUAAUAGGCAGUGCUUCAUUUGGUGAGAGCUCUGGAGUGCCUGCUGAGAUGCUCCCUGUUUGUGAACAAAGAUUAUGAAGGGGUCUUUGUGAGAAUUCAGCAACAACACUGAACAGCAGUUCUUUUUACACUGGAUAAUCUUGAUCUGAUGAGAGUUUACAAACCAUUUUGAACAUUUUUUAUUAUGUAUACAUUUUGAAAGCUUUAAAAAUAAGCACUAUGGAGCACCUUAGAGAAACGUAGGUGCAAAAUCAUAUGUUGCCUAUUACCCCAUAUUUUCUUGAGGUGGGAAAAGAUACCACUACUAAUUCUCACUGCUGACAGGCAUAAUCAGAAAUGGUUUUCAGUUUGCCUGUUUUUCCAUCUGGAUAGUAGGAAGCAUGAAAAGAGUUAAUGAAAUAUUUGUGGUCAAAAGAAAGAUGCAAGAGAAAUUUCAAAUAGUAUGGAGUAAUGUUAUUUAAACUUUAAUACAUGUUUAAGCAUCCCCAAGAGAGCUUGUUAACAGUCCAGAUUUUUGGGCCCCCAGAGGGUCUGUGGUUGAGUCCAGGAAUGUGCAUUUUUGAUUUUUGAGCCCUCUGCCUGACUCUGGCUCAGGUGGUCCCUGGGAAACGCUUCAGGAAACAUCCCUAUAGAAACUAUAUCAAUUUAAAUAUCAUCUGUUUUAUCCCACAAUGUUUGUUUUGCGUUGCAAGCCAUUAUCUCCUAGGCAUGGGUAAUCCACAUUGAGAGGAAAAUCCACACAUCACUGUGCCUAAUUUGUGCCACCUGUUUGUGUUGGAUCUUGCCAGUGUUAACUUUAUUUUCUCUCAACUGACAAAAUUCUGAUAAAGUGUAUAGCUUCAUAGUAGAGCAAAAAGAGUGAUUCAAUUGAAAGGCAUGACUUUCAGGAGUCUAAUUAUGCUAAUAUUUUAUUUUCUUCUAGAGAGGUAUCUUUAUUAUACGUAAUUCCCUGAAGAAAUGUAAAGAUUUAUCUAAUUCCUAUUGCUCUGCCAGUUGUGUUCAAUGGAAGCAUUGAAGUAAAAUAAAAAAAAAAAACUUUUUAAUCUGUGUAUUUCUGUUGCCCAUAAAGAUACUUAAUUUUUUCUUGAUCUUUGUUUUUGUUUAUGUGAAAAUACUUACAUAUAUAUCAUUUCUGUAUAUAUCACAGAAAAGUUUUCACUUGCUUGACAUUUUAUUCUACAAUAACUUUUAGUUUAAAGAAUGGCUACAUUCAGAUUUAUUUUCACAACUAUAGUCCUGCUAAACUGCCUUCAUUGAAAACUGUUAUUAUAAUAAAUAAAAAAUAUCAAAGCACAAGUUUGUUAUUGGAGGUAAGUUAUGAUAAAUUUCUUACUUAUCUAUUGGUACUAGACCUUUGUAAUGAAAAUUAAUUUAUUUUACAAUAGUAACUGACCUGUAUGGGAAAAAGAAAACCACCUUGAAUUAUGGGUUCUAGUAUUUAAAUAUCAAAAAAUAUGGUUCUUUGUGCAACCAAGAAACGAGCUCCUGAUAAGAAAAUAAAUAAAUGUUUGACAUUUCUAAA